UCUAAAACACACGCCGCAAGCUAGCUAGUUCGAUCGAACACACAACGCCAGGCUUCCAAAGAAAACUAACUAGCUAGAGAGAAGCUAGGUCGUCGGCACCGGCGAGGGUCGAUCUCACAUUUGACGCCGGCUGACUGGCCGGCCGACCGAUGUCGUCCAUGGACUGCGCGAUCCAUGUGGUGCUGGGGGUGGUCAUGCGGAGGAGCAUCUGCCGGCUGCACGAAGUCGUCGCCAUGGCCGUGGAGCUCGGCACGGCGCUGCUCGUGGCCGUGCGGUUCUCCGGCAUGGCCUUCCGCCGCACGAGAGCCCCGACUCAGGUGGUCUCGGGGUCGACUCACUAUUACUACUACGCCCCCGUGGCGGCCUCCAUGGUUGGCAUGUCCAGGCUCGACAGGCACUAGUCACCGGUGAGCUACACCCCUCUGGAUUCGAUGUCUAAUCAAUCGUGUUUUCUUUAUUUUGUGAGUAAUAAUGAAAUUCAGUGCUUGAUUAGCUACAUACACACACGUGCACUGUAUAUUAAGCAAUAUAUGUGUUCAUCAUGAUAUCGACAUAGUAAUUGAUCACUCUCGCAUGCAUUUGAGAGCAAUAUGGUGGUGAUUAAUUGGAUCUUUGUCAGGUGCCCACUUUUGUGAUGACUCAGGGGUCCAUUUGUGUUUCUUUCUUUGCUUGCUAGCUCAUUUUUGUUUUGAGGAUUCAUGAUUCACUAUUAUGUAAUUAAGUGUAAAUGGUAACUAAGCCUAUAAUCCUCCAGUAGUUUAUAGAAUACAUAUAGCAGAUAUGAGAUAUCAGAAGCAGAAUCGAGAGAGAACAGACAAGAAUUAGUUACUCUGAAAUCUGGAUACAGCA